AUGGUCGACACGAGUGCAUAUCCCGUCCCUCCACUCGCCGGGGACACCCACGGAUACUGGUUGGAAACACGGCCUCAUGAUGAGUCUCUAGACUCUAGGAAUGUCGUGGAUUUCCCCCGUCCCUUGAAUCUUCCGGCUGAUCUUAGCGUUCUCACCGCCGGAACUUCCGACUACGCUGGUUCGUACAUCAUCUGGCCUCCCGGCCAUCCCAACUCUCCCACGUCCUGGUAUGACUGGGUCGCGAGGGAGCAUGACUGCUACGAAUGCCGGCGCAAUUCACUCGGAAGUCAUGGUCAACAACCCGAAGGCACCCAACAGCUUCCCCAGGGCACUAUGGCACCGCUCAUGGAGAUGCUUCACCCGUCGUUCUUCGCUUCUCAGCCGGAUGCCUUUUCAAUCAUCCACGCCCCGUUUCCCGAGACAACAUACUCCUCUCCAGCUGUUCAGAACAAUACCGGUGGAAUAGUCUCCCAGCUGCCCCGUCCGCAACAGCACCCACCUCCAGAGGUUCAAGCACUGCCCGCAGCAGCUUUCUUCCAGCCAUCGGCUCCUGACUACAGCCACCAAGCCUUCCAGCCAACGCGACACAACCCGGCUCAGCAGCACUACCAACCUCACACCAUUGCAGACAUGCAGCAGGUAGUUACACCCCAAUAUGACAGUUUGGCCAGCAUCGAUAUCAACCCUCACCCAGACCCCCACUACCCAACCGCCACCCCGUUCAACUCUCCCACCACCACCACCGUCACCACAGACCCCUUUCUCUCCGACCUCCUCCCAGCCCCAGUCCCCAUCUCUCUCGACAACAACGCCCCCCAACACCCCGUACCGAGCCCCCCUAUAGCCCACGCCCGCCGAACUACCCCCCCCAACGCGGAGGAACGCUACCAGUGCGCCCACCUCCUCCCCUCCGGCCAGGUCUGCAGCGCCGAGUUCCCCCGCCACUGGGAACUAGACCGCCACAUCGACACGCUCCACAUCAAGUCCACGCGCACCACCUGCCACGACUGCAAGCCCUCACAGACCCGACCCGACUGCUGGCGCCGCCACUGGAGGAGGACGCACGCGGUGAGAUUUAUCGAGGAGAGGGGGGAUUUGUUUUUCGUGGGGUUGCUGGAGCGGCAACAAGAGCGGGCUGGUGACGGACAAGCAGGAACGGGGCAGCAAAAGGGGGAGGUGGCGUUGACGAGGAGGAAGGUGAGGAGGUAUGAUAAUGGGCUG